GAGCCCCCGUCAGAAGCUCCCCUUCCACCCCAUACCCAAUGAUGAUGGAGGUAUUCCAAUGCAAAGGCCCAGUAGCUCCGAAUACCGUGACAAGUCCGGACACUGACACUGACACUGACACUGACCUUUCAGUGACCAGUCGAUCUCUCCAUCGCACCUGGUGGUGGGGGAGGAGGGAUCUGCCGGAGGGGGCUCCAUUUAUCGGAGCUCAGCGGCGAGUCGUGAUUCACCGUGACAAGCUCCAAAGAUCCAUCGCAUUGCGUCUCUGGCGUCCCCCAUCUUUCUUUGCCGUCCAUCGUCAAACUGAUUAAUCAGCCGGGCCAGUCCGUUGCCGCCGCCGUCACUGCCGCACGUCUUUCAGAUAUCUCACGCUUUUAGUCGCCUCCAGUCUCUCUAACAUCAACUUAUUGUAGAAACUUGCACUCACUGCCUUGUUUGGUUUUGGUACGCAGUAUACGUCAUACACAUCCUACAUCGGCGCCCAUCCCCCCGAAACCCCCCACGUAACACCCAAGGACCCCGCGAUAGCUUCACCGCCCGCUUGAGCCAGAAACCCAGAAAACCUCGGCAUGGGUUCUCAAACUUGGAACCUCCCCGCACCAGUCGACGACCCGGACUCCAUGCUGUCUCGCAAGUUCGGGCGGGAAACCGUCAACUACUUCGCCGGCAGCGUCCUCAACCGCGUCGGCUGGCUGCGUACCGACCACACCUUUAUCCGGUCCGCCUUCCAGUCAAAGGACACCAAGUUCAUGCUCCUCAAGGACCUCAGCCCCCUCACCAGCGCCCCGACGAGAGUGCAGUUCGUCUCGUACGACGACGUCAAGCCCCUCACCACUGAGGACCCGUUUGGCCCGUCUGAGGAGGAUCUGAUCAAGAACUUUGACUCGACGGUCACGAAGCCGCUCAUCAUCUUCCUGGGCCUCGAGGAGAGCGCAAAGGUGCCGUUUGAGUACAAGGGGCUCAAGGGACGACCGUGGUUUGCUGUUGACGUGACGCCCAAGGGCUCCUACGCCGAUGCCGCCAACCAGCUUAUCGAGGCUCAGUCGAGCAAGGGGUACAAGUUCCUCGAGGGAAUGAGGCCGAUGACGCUCGAGCCGGAUCAUGCUGGCAUCUACGCCCAGGCCCGUUCCAUCGCAGACUGGAACACGCGCAACAAGUUCUGCGCCGGGUGCGGGCAGCCGUCCCUGUCGGGCAACACGGGCUACAAACGCCUGUGCCCGACCACCGACCUCGCCGGCUCCGACACGCCCCGCGAGCGGGCCGAGUGCGCCACCCGCAAGGGCGUCUCCAACAUCAGCUUCCCGCGUACGGACCCGACCAUGAUCGCCGCCGUCGUCUCCUCGGACGGCACCAAGGUGCUCCUGGGCCGGGCCAAGCGGUACCCGCCCAACUGGUACAGCACGCUGGCCGGCUUCAUCGAGCCGGGCGAGUCCAUCGAGGAGUCUGUCCGACGCGAGGUGCUCGAGGAGGCCGGCGUGCGCGUGGGCCGGGUGGUGAUUCACUCGAGCCAGCCGUGGCCGUACCCGGCGAGCUUGAUGAUUGGGGCCGUCGCGCAGGCGCUACCCGACGGGGAGACGAUCGAUCUCGGCAACGACCCCGAGCUGGAGGACGCGCAGUGGUUCCCGCUCGAGACAGUGCGGGACGCGCUCAAGUUUGGGGUUAGCGGGCUCGGUGAGCCUGCGCCGGAGGGGUACAAGGAGGGCGGGCUGAGGUUGCCUCCUCCGGCGGCUAUUGCCAAUCGGUUAAUGACUGCUGUUGUUGAGGGUUAUGCGACUGCUGCGCCAAAGAUCACAAGCUCCAACGCAAGUGUGAGCUCCAGCUCGCGUGGACAAGCUCCAUCCACUUCCUCCAUCCACAUCCCGCCAAUUGCGCCGCCAUCGAAACCCUCCACCUGUCCCGGUCCCCAAACGAUCCCCCCAAAACCUCGCUCGUUCAAAUCGUCGCAAACCAGGUGCCGCUCUCUCAUCGGCCGUUUGCCUGCCAUGUAUCACCUAGCCAAGGGGUUAUACCUCCUAGCUACCAGCAAAGAAGAGUACUCCGUCAUCCUCCUCGGCCUCGACAAUGCCGGCAAGACAACCUUCCACGAGCAAGUCAAGCACUUCUUCCUCGAGUCGCAUCCGGACCCGAAACUCAAGACGGUGCCAACGGUGGGCCAAAACGUCUCGACGAUAUCCCUGCCGGACAUGUACCUCAAGAUCUGGGACGUCGGCGGCCAGCACUCGCUGCGCCGGCUGUGGCAGAGCUACUACGCCUCGGCGCACGCCAUCGUCUUCAUCAUCGACUCGACCGACAUUGGCGACGGCAACCUCGAGCACGACAACGGUUCCGGGCGGCUCGACGAGUGCCGCCUCGUGCUCGAGGACGUGCUGCAGCACUCCGAGACCGAGGGCGUGCCCGUCCUGGUGCUGGCCAACAAGCAGGACCGCGAGGACUGCGUCGAGGUCGUGAGGAUCAAGGAGGGGCUCGUGAAGAAGGUCUUUGAGGGCGAGAAGGCGAGCAGUAUCCGCGACUCGAGGGUGUUGCCUGUUAGUGCGCUGACCGGGACGGGCGUCAAGGAGGCGGUGGAGUGGGUACUGGGCGUAGAUGGAGUUGGGGGCUCAAAGUCAAGGGACGAACGGGUGAAGCCACGCUGGUCACUUCGCUUCUUCUUGCAGAGCAUGGGUCUUUCUGAGAGCGUAUCUGGCUGGGUAUCAUUUUACGUUUUUUUUGGUUAA